AAUGGAAAGACACAAAUACAAAGCAGAGUGAGGGGAUACUGGAUGACAUAGAAAGCUGAUAAUCACCCUCCCACUUUCACUCAUUCUUCAGAAGUGGGUGCCAUUCUGAUAUUUAUGGGAAUUGCUGUUCUCGCUAUGAAGGCAUCUGUUAUUGAAAUGUUCCUUGUGUUGUUGCUGAUUGGAAACUCUGGAACUAAAGAAGUCACCAAAAAAAGUAAAAAGCCAAAAUUCUUUACUGCAAAGAUGUUAUUCUUUGUUCACAGUGGUGUGGUUGAUAAUUCAGGGGGAAAAAUCCUUGUACGAAAAGUUGCUGGACAAUCUGGGUACAAAGGAAGUUACUCCAAUGGAAUCCGAUCAUUGUCCCUGCCCCGGUGGAGAGAAUCUUUCAUAAUCUCAGAAGGUAAACAAAAAAGAGGCAUGACCUACCCAUCAACUCUUGAAUACUCAUCUCCUAAAAGCUCAAUUGCUAAAGCAGAUGAGACCACAAAGCCAUAUCAGAAGGCGAUGAUCCUUCCCUCCACCACCCCACAGCCAACCACCACCACCCAAAGACCUGCUACCACACCAGCAGAACCCCUGAGCGCCACUCCACGGCCGUGGACUCCUCUGGACACCACCACCGUCUCCACCACCACCAUCACUGCCAAACUGCAGCCUGCAGGCCACAGGGUCAGAGAUACAGGAUUCAGGUCCACUGCAGCCUAUGCAGGCAACCACAGCAUUACACAGGCCCACACAGUUGGAGAGACGGGCUCAUGGAAACCUGGACUGGCCCUUUUGGAUGCAGGAUCAAAGCCAAACGAAGAAUUAAAGACAAGAUCUUUGGAGCCAGCAUCCAAAGGAGACCCAAACUGCAAAGUUGAUUUGUCCUUUUUAAUUGAUGGGAGCUGGAGCAUCGGCAAACGGCGUUUCCGAAUCCAGAAGCAGUUCCUAAAGGAUGUUAGCCAAGCUCUUGACAUUGGCCCAGCUGGGCCACUCCUAGGUAUUGUACAAUUUGGAGACGACCCUUCCAUGGAAUUUAACCUCAAGACUCAUGCGAAUUCCAGGGAUCUGAAGGCAGCCAUAGAGAAAAUUCCCCAGAAAGGCGGGCUUUCCAAUGUGGGGCGGGCACUUUCUUUUGUUACCAAAAACUUCUUUUCCAAUGCCAAUGGAAAUAGAGGGGGAGCCCCCAAUGUGGCCAUAGUGAUGGUGGAUGGUUGGCCCACAGAUAAGGUAGAGGAAGCUUCAAGACUCGCCAGAGAAUCUGGAAUCAACAUUUUUUUCAUCACCAUUGAAGGUGCUGUUGAAAAUGAGAAGCAGAAUGUGAUUGAACCCAACUUUGUGGACAAGGCUGUGUGCAGACGGAAUGGCUUCUAUUCCCUCAAUGUGCUAAGCUGGUUCAGCCUCCAUAAGAUUGUGCAGCCCCUAGUAAAACGGGUGUGUGAUACCAACCGCCUAGCCUGCAGCAAGACCUGUUUAAACUCUGCUGACAUUGGCUUUGUCAUUGAUGGCUCCAGCAGUGUGGGAACAGGCAACUUUCGCACCCUCCUCCAGUUUGUUGCCAACCUCAGCAAAGAGUUUGAGAUUUCAGACACAGACACACGCAUUGGGGCUGUGCAAUACACCUAUGAGCAGCGGUUGGAGUUUGGAUUUGACAAGUAUAGCACCAAGCAAGAUAUCUUGAAUGCCAUCAAGAGAGUCAAUUAUUGGAGUGGUGGGACCAGCACUGGAGCUGCAAUCAACUAUGCCUUAGAGCAUCUCUUCAAAAAAUCCAAGCCCAACAAAAGAAAGCUAAUGAUUCUCAUCACCGAUGGCAGGUCUUAUGAUGAUGUACGAGUACCAGCCAUGGCUGCUCACCAAAAUGGUGUGAUCACCUAUUCUAUCGGAAUCGCUUGGGCAGCGCAAGAUGAACUGGAAGUGAUCGCCACUCACCCUACCAAGGACCACUCAUUCUUUGUAGAUGAGUUCGAUGACCUCUACAAGUCUGUCCCCAAGAUUAUCCGAAACAUUUGUACAGAGUUCAACUCUCAGCCACGGAAUUGAAUCCAAAGCACCUCUGAAAGGGUGGUUUCCCCAACUAUCUCAAACA